CGGCAGCCGGGAGGGGCCGCGGCUGUCACCUUCGCCAUGGCGGCCGGGCCGCCCCCGCCGCUGGAUCCCCCAGUGCUGCCCGCGUUCAGGGAGGAGGGAUUCGGGGACAAGUUCCUGCGCAAGACCCGCGAGAACCCCCUGGUGCCCCUCGGCUGCCUCUGCACUGUCGGCGUCCUGACCUACGGCCUGAUCAGCUUCAAGAGGGGCAACAUCCGCCGGUCCCAGCUGAUGAUGCGGGCGCGUAUCCUGGCCCAGGGCUUCACCUUCGCGGCCCUGCUGGGGGGCAUGGUGGUCACGGCCCUGAAAUCCAGACAGUGACCGCGGACAGGAGAGGAGCUGCAGCCGCGGGCCAGCGCCCACCACCUCCGGAUGGAUCCUGGCUGCAGAUGGGAGUUUUCUGAGGGACUGUCGGGAUGUCUUGGUGGAGCCACUGCUGAAGAGGCUCUGUAGUCCAGAGCACUGGAAAUGGGGUGAAUACACUCUGUGAUUAUCCUGAAAUUUGGGCCAUGGCAUUUUUUUGAUUCCUUGAGGGCUUAUCCUGCCACACCAACGCUGUGUCACUAAGGCUCGUUACCCCUGUCAGGACUCAUCCCUUCUUGGUGCUGUCACAGCCUGUUAAAAUCAUGUCCUCUGGGUUGUGGUCUGCGCUGAGGUGUGGCUUCAGUCAGGCAGUGCACCAGCAUUUGAGAAAUGAGCUGCCCAGGUAGGAAGGAACAGCUGUUUAUGGCUCGGUCUUGGCAGGACAGAGCAGGGGAGCAGUUUGGGGAGGAUGUGUAACCUGUUCGAUUGCAACUGGUGAGUAAUAAAGUGAAUUGCAGCAA